CGUUCUGCAUAAUAUCAACCAUAACAAAGCACUUCAUUCCUGAGGCGGGGUAAGCUGUUCACCUGUGUGUGUUAUGAAGGGGACAGUGUAUUUACUUACUUUACACUCGUGAAACACGAUCUUGUGGGAUUAAAAUAGCUCACCAUGGUUUGGGAUUUUAUAACUUCGCGAAGCUGUAGUGAGCUUUGAAAUAUUUAUCAUGAGCUUGUACAUUGAGAACACUCAACUUGCGGAAAGAGACUUCCUACCUUCCGCGACUGACUCGCGACUGAGAUAAUAGUAACACAAGCAGGACUUUGUGAGGAGACAUGAAUAGCUGCAAUCAUCUGGCUGUCAGCCCAGCUCGACACAACCGCUUUGUAAAGUCGUUUGUGAACAGGUUUUGAUGGGGACAGAGUUUUGCCUUUCAUGGGAGGAGUCCUAAUGUAAUGCAGGUGAUGACGAGUUCUGCUCUGUUAUCACGAAUAUCCUAGGAGCUAUGGAUGAUGUGGUCAAUAAACAAGACUAUAACUUGUCCAUGGAGUUACAAUUUGGAGCUAUGCAAGUUUUCUGUAUUGUUAGGCAUUAGGCGGGAGUAAUAUGUACACAUAGUUGUAAAGGGACACUCAAGCACGCGUGCAAACAUGCACAUGCACUCACCCACCCACACACAAUAUCAGAGAUGAGUCAGAAAGAUGGGCAGGCAGGCAGGCAGGCAGACCUACAGACAGACAGACACCGAGUGAAUUUGCGAUUAGACUUCUUCGUGAAAUAAAAGCAGUCCCGGAAGCUUUAUUUCAGGGGUAUGCGAAGUUCGCCAGCACCGCCGCGACGACAACAUCGUUGUGCACAGGACUGGUGGCUGGUCUGCGCGACUUGUCGCGAUGUAAACUGCAGUGUGACUGUCAAAGAUAAAAUUCCGAACACCUCACAACAAGCUGAACAAGCAGUGCACGCCUCCUGUUGGCCUCAAGACGCCCGAUGACUGUUAAAGAAACGCAAACGUGUCCGGGGAAGUCGUAGCGGCAAAUCCGAAAUUUGUUGUCAUGGCAGAGACUGUGUGACCCUCGGUUACUGUUUCAAAACUGAACAGAUUCCCUUUUUCACCAAAAAUACUUAUCUGUGUAAAUCUUUCAUCAACAAUACGACCUGCAAAGUGAAUCUCCAGGAAAGACUUUCAAAGUGCAGCAAAGACUCACUCUGAGGGUCAGGGGUCAUGUGCUGUGGAACUAUUACUUCCCUAGAGGUUAAAGGUCAGGCGUGGGAGUAUCAACAUUUCUAUAGUCAAAAGUCAUGCGUGGGAGAGUUGCGUGGUCCAUUUUACGAAGCAGCAUUUGUUGCAGAGCAUAAAUAAUUACAGGAAGCACAGUUUAACAUAAACGAUGGUAAAGAAAACAAUUGAAAACACCCUGAAGAAAGAGCACUACCCUACAGAUGUUAAGCGUCUGACAGAAGUGUAUCAACAUCAAGAGAAACGACGCUGCAAAAAUAUUAAGUACAUAAUAAAGAAACUAAAGAAAAAUGCGAAAGUGGAAAUGGAGAGGAGAAAGAAAAAUGCUUCAGAGAUUUCUGUCGGAGUCAUGCUGAGAUGCUGUACCCCAAGAUUGGGGAGCAGGCGUAUGCUGUACCACCCUUCCAGAUUCACUCCAGCAAAACCUCCGAAACAACCGUUGGCACUUCUAGAAUUCUCCAGAGCAGUGAGUCCGAGAGUGAUUUUCGAGGAUUGACGGGUCAGAGAACGGUUGGACAAAGAUUUAGGGCCCUGAACCGCACAUUUGAAAAAUCUUCAAGAGAAAAAUGCAUGUUUAUUAUAAUAGAUUAUGUCAUGGACAACUUUAUGCGGAGGUUCUACAAGACAAAUUCUAAAACCUCGAGGCCAUCUCUGGAGGACUUCUUCAAGGAUUCAAUAACAGGUAAAUGGUGGGUUGGAUGUCCAGACGAUUCAGAUGAAGAAACGAAAUCUGCUGGGACAAGAAGUAAUCAAGAUCUGAUAGUAUUGCAUGAAGAUAAGGGUCUUCUCUUCGUACAGAUCAAAUCAGUACAGAAAAAUAAGACCACGACAGAUGAAGCUGUAGUGAAGUCAAUAAAAGAUGGACAAAAACAGCUUCUACAAGAUGUCAGUGUUCUAAAAAAGUGUCUACGAAAGUCUACCCCACAGAGCGUGACAAAGGUGCUGGCGCUUCCGAACCUGAGAAAACAAGACCUUCACAGUAUAAAACAGAUAAAAGGAUUGGUCGGCAAGGACGUUAAGCUUCUUCUUGCUGACCAUCUGUCUGGUGAUGAAGAUUUUGGAGUGUGGUGGGAAGAGCUGGAUAAAAAAAGACUCGGUUCUGAUAAAAUCAAAGAAAUCGUUGGCAGAUACCUAGGGCUUUUUUCAACACCUCAACAGCUCCAAGCAGUAAACGAACGCCAUCAUGUCAGGGACCACUGUGAUGCCCUCCUGUUUACUGGCAGACUCUUCAAGCGCCUCAUAUUUACACAGAAGCAGAUAGACAUAUUGGAAGAACACGACAACACCGAAGAACGUAUACAUAAGCGGUCCUCCAGGAUCAGGAAAAACUCUGAUGCUCAUACAGCGAUCCAAACUCUUUCUGAACUCAGAUCCGAAACGGUCGUCGUCUUGACGCAUAUCGAGGGAGAGAAGGCAGAGCUGUUGGAGAAUUCAUCGUUCAAACUUUAACAAGGGAUAGCAAUGUAGGAGAAGGAAGGUUGUACACCUGGCUUUGGACAUAAGUGAUAAGGAUGACUGCCAACAUCAACUUAAAAAAUUCAAAAAAGGGAUGAAAGUAAUGUUUAUCAUCGAUGAAAUGUUCUCCCACCGAAACUGGGAAUCGAUCCUCCAAGCGCUUCAUCAGCAAAGUCAUUGUUUCUGGUGUGCUGGAAUAGACCCUGAAUUUCCUUUCAAGGGAAUAAAUUGCACAACCGAAGAGCUUACGUCCAUACUACGUUGUCCUCCGUCUGUCAAGAAAGUCCUUUCACAGGUCGACUGGGAGAAAAGUCGCAGAUCGCAAGGCGGGUGUUACAACUCCGAGUCGGAGGUAACCGAGAGGGGCACGGAGGGACCUAUCCCACUGUGCAUCAGACACGAAAAGCAUGUAAAGUAUUCAGAACAGAAACCGAUUCAACUGUCCCGAAUGCGCAGAAGAACUUGUUGAUAUUUUUCAGGAAAAAACUGAAGCUGAUUCACACUGAAAAAUCGUCAACAGUUCGCUUGCCAUGCAGCAUCGUCAUCCUGUACAACAUUCCCCGUAAUGAGUACCAGAAUACUGAGUCUCGCCAAGUAGAGAUAACAAAGACAAAUUUUGACAAGUACAGUAAAACUUUAUCAGAGUGCACAUUUCUAGGCAAGUUACAAGAAAAUCUACAAAAUGUUGAAGUUCAUACUGUUUUGAACUUUGAGGAAGGUUUCAUGAAAGGACAUAAAUGGGACGAAAUUCUUUUCACCUGGGUGGACACUUUCCAGGGACUGGAAAGAGACAUUGUUGUUUAUCUGCCGGGUGAUGGAAAGAUACCAAGAUCAGAAACUAAAACUGGUGAGAGACCCGUUCCUGGUGUGCGAAAGACACCCAAAGAAUCUGAUACCGGGAAAAAAUCGCAGGCAUCUACAAGCCAGCAUCAUUCACCACACGUAGAGCCCUCACCUCGUGAGAAAAUGAGAAAAAGAAAGAGCCCUUCGCCUUCAAGCCGCGGCCAUCCCAAGGUUUCCAAACAUGACCAUAGGGCUCUAGAGCCUGAGACGACACGACAGUCGCACAAAUCUGAAGUCAAACAACCGCCUACAAAACAGGUAGAGACUUCAGACCGUUGGAUGAGAAACAGAGUACCAAGCCCAAAACGUCAUCCUUCAUCUCAAGCCUUCCGACAUGGGCCAAGGCCUUGAAACUGAACCCGAACCCCAACCAUCUACAAGCCAGGAGCGAGUGCAGAGUCGCAAACCUCAAGAUCGACCAGAGACUUCAGACCGUAAGUUGAGAGACAGAAAACGUGGCCCUGGAUCCCCAGGGGAUCAGCAGGAACCAAAACCGAAGAAAAACCGACCAGAGUCUGAGAUCGAACCCCAGUUACAAGCCUCUACAAGUCAGAACCAUUCUGUUCAGUAUGGUAUGGCAUCAAUGAUGUUCAACGACGAUGACAUCCAGAGGUACAGCCAAUGGGAUCAGACCAACCUCUUCCUCGCCGCCUCCAGAUGUUGCGCUCAACUCAUUAUGAUUGUUCCUUAACUAAGGUGCUGUUGUGAAGGGAUGACUACUUAAAAGUAUGAAGAGGGUAGUUGGCAAACAUUCAGUACUAUGCACCUGCUUGGUAGGAACCUGUUGAUGGUGACAUUUAAGCGAGUGACCAAAUUAAAACUAUUUUGUGGUUAGAAAGCAGAUUUCAAAAUUAGAAGCAUGCUAAAGAUUUGAUGAUAGUUGCUCUAUUGUUGUCGUGCAAGACUUUGAAUAACUUCUAUGCAGAUGUCUAUGCAAAAAUUGCAACUAAUCUACAAAGAGGAUUUAGCAAGGUGUGUUUCUUAAUAAUUCUUAUAAGAACGCUCGAGUAAACAUUGCGCACAUAACAUUCAUUAGCUUGGACGAUUAGUAACCGUGUAGUCGUCUUUAAGAAUAUUUUUAUUUAGUCUCGACAUUGAUUGUUAAUGUAUUUUAUAGUGUUGUUGUUGAGCUUUUCAAUCAUUAUUAGUGACUCACACGUGUAAAACUCUUGAAGAAAAAUAAUUGUGUUUUGCUAUGAAACGUGUUAUCAGGUUUUAUUAUGCAAUGUUCUCUCCCCUCCCGUCUGCAAAAGACAGACUCGUACGUGUGUGGAUGCUUGUGUAUGGAUUGGGCUGUCGGAAAAGUCAAAAGGUAUUUUUCUCUUUUUCUAAGGGCAUUAAUUUAUAUUAAAAAAACAACGAUCAACAAAUGAUAUUUUGUCCGUUUUAUUCAAUAACUCUUUGGCAAAGAGACUUCAUAAUUCAAGAUGUUGAUUUACAGCCUCAUCUGAACUGAUUAUACCACAUAAAGAGUUUUGAUGGAAGCGAACAAGUCGAAGUCUGAGGUGCAAGGUGAGGCGAGUAUGGUGGGUGUGGCAACACUUCCCAUCCAAACUCCAGUAACUGUUGACAGGUGAUCAGAGUUGUGUGUUUUCUCCUUUACGAUUAACCAGCGCUGGAUCUUUCUAGAUGAUGGAUUCGUUGAAAUUGCCGACAGUCUACAUUCAAAUUGUUUGGUCCUUGAUGAGGAGCUCCCACCAACCGAGAGCAUAACCUUCCUCUGUUGAAUGUCUACUUUCUAUGCCUACAUCAUCACCUUGGGACCAAGACCAUCUGACCAUCACUUUGUUGUAAACAAUCCACUUGCUCAUCCCUAGUUAUCAGACACUUCAAAAAAAAAGAUCGUUUUCUUCAAGUUGUUGUAGAGCAGUGUGAGCGGAAACUUUAUAAACUUUUCACAAUUAAUGAAGCGUUCUUCCCUUUACGGAAGUAAAACUUUAAAAUAUGGCGAACAUGAACAGCUUGGUCUGACAUCUUCAGCUUAGAAUAACUCUAGUUAUUCCAAAAAUGGACUAGCUCCGUUUAUUGCAAAAAUAUAUUCUGACUUUUCCGACAACCCAACAUGUGUGUGUGUGGGUGUGUGUAUGUGCUCGUGCAAAUGUGUGUGUGUGUGUGUGUUUAUACAUUGGAUUUAGCUUCAAGCUCAAACUUGCUGCAAUAUACGAUUUAUCAUUCUUGUUACUAUUCACAAAAUUGUUGUUGUUGUUGUUGUUGUUGUUGUUGUUGUUACUCGCAAAACAUUCAGUUAUGCACUUGAAUCGUUUUGCAUCUCCUAACAGUAAGAUGUAUACAUAUAUCAAAACAUACAUAUUUAAAAAUAACGAUUAUUUUUAAUUCAUGUGAUAUUAUCAUAUUUUGGGAAGUUCUAAUGUUUUUUUCAAAACAUUUAAUCAGAUGUGUUUGAUUUGACUUGGGAGACUUUUGUGAUCGAUACUAUUUUCUCUGUUUAUAUUUAUUUACAAAGGAGAUGUAACAAAGGAAAGGUUGGAAAUACACAGUCAGAACCUCA